ACAGGCAGGUGGGUGCUUGUGUGCCAGUGCCUGCUUGCCGUUUGUAGGGUGAGGUAUCGAAACUCAGCCUUAUAGACAUUCCCGGCAUGUGGCUGACACGCGUACUGGGGGCAGGAGGGGCGAGGAGCGGUGUUUGGGAGGUAGCCGCCAAGACAUGGACAGCACCACAGCCAGUUUCGACCUCCUCAUUCUUUCUCCCUGACCUUGACCAUGGGGAGAACCAGCCAGCACCAACAAGACCACAUCUGCCACCGCCUUCUUGUUACCACCCGAGUUGCAAGCUCACCCUCGCCUCGCCGCCUAGCUCCCCAUUCGCUGCCUCCCGCCGCUGCCUAUCGACCACCAUGUCUGUGCUCUCUGGUGAAAAGGCCAAAUUCACCCCACCUGAUGACCUCCCAACCAAGUACACAGUGAAGGAAAUCCACCGCUAUAUGGUGGACUGCAUGACAGCAGUGGGCACCCCUAAAGAGCAUGCAACUGCCCUGGCUGAUGUCCUGCUGGAGGCUGACCGUCGCGGCCACUAUAGCCAUGGCCUCAACCGCCUGGAGAUGUAUGUGAAUGAUGUGAAGCAGAAGAUAUGUGAUGGGGGUGCAGUGCCCAGCAUCACCAAGGAAAGUGUCUCAACGGCACUCGUCCACGGCAACAAUGGCCUCGGACCCGUUGUGGGCAACUUCUGCAUGGACCUGGCCGUCAAGAAGGCCAAGGAGACAGGCAUCGGCUGGGUCUGCACCCGAGGAAGCAACCAUUAUGGCAUUGCUGGCUGGUACUCUAUGAGGGCCACCAAAGCAGGGCUCCUGGGAAUGAGUGUGACCAACACCUCUCCCCUCGUGGCUCCCACUCGCGCUAAAAAGGCCGCCCUUGGCACCAACCCCAUCUCUGUGUCCGCCCCGGGCAAGAACGGGGACGACUUUGUGCUGGACAUGGCGACCUGUGUGGUGGCCGUGGGAAAGAUUGAAGUAGAACGCAGGAAGGAGAACCCAAUCCCCGAGGGUUGGGCCCUGGACAGCAAGGGGCAUCCUACUACCAAUGCAGCUGAGGGCAUGCAGGGAGCCCUCAUGCCUCUUGGCGGGACGGAACUUCACUCAGGCUACAAGGGCUAUGGGCUCGGGAUGCUGGUGGAGGUGUUCUGUGGGAUAAUGUCUGGCGGGCAGUACGGUCCUAAUGUGAGGCGGUGGAUGCAGACGGACAGGGAGGCAGACUUGGGCCAGGCUUUCAUGGCUCUGGACCCGUCAUUCUUCGCUCCCGGCUUUGAGGACCGCAUGGACGACCUCAUGAACCACUGCCGCAACAUGGAGCCGGCUGACCCCAGUAAGCCGGUCCUGGUUGCUGGUGACCCUGAGCGUGCCCAUGAAGCUAAGGUGAAGAAGGAGGAUGGCAUCACCUACCACAUCAACCAGAUCACAGACUCGUGGAGGCUUGCCAAGGUCCUGGGUGUCAAGCCGAUGGAGUAAGGUGACCUCCUACACUGACGACAAUAAGUUUGCUUGCAUUGCUCAUCUGUGUUCAGGGAGUUGUUGUUAGGGUGGACUUUUUUAUGCUUUCAUGGUUUUCAUUGCAACUGUAUUACACCUUCUCGGGAUGUCUGCACUACAAGGCAAGGCUUGUUGCGGGCGGAUGUGGUGUAAAAUAGUCACUGAGGGUUUACUGUUACGAUUUUGAGAUGUUUUCUACUUGGGGUUUUAUAGGAUUUGUAACACACGGACACAACUUUUGAGGUGUGGGUGUUAGUCUUGUGCUGACUUACUAACACUCUGACGGCAUUCUUGGCAGUGCACGGAGCAGUGGACAGACUUGUGAAAUAUAUAUAUAUAUAUAUAUAUAUAUAUAUAUAUAUAUAUAUAUAUAUAUAUAUAUAUAUAUAGAUAUAUAUAUAUAUAUAUAUAUAUAUAUAUAUAUAUAUUUAUUUAUAUAUAUAUUUUUUUUUUAAGAGCAACACUAAGAGUGGCCACUUCACUUUAAUUUUCUUACACGAUGACAAUCAUGUCACGUCAUUCAGUACAAUGUUUGCAGCAUGUCAAAUAAAGGUCAUUAUAUGCAACUCAGGUUUAACAGCCAACUCUUGCUCUUUAGACCUCUAGAAAAAAAAUAAACAAGAAAAUAUUUGUGAAGAAGUUUGCAGCAGGUGCUUAUCACUAACAGAAGCAUAUCAGUGCACAAAGUUAUUUUUCCAUACAUAUAACGCUUGAGUGUCUGAGACUUGAGAAGCAACGUUAAGGCCCUGCUUUUGCCUGUGUGGAGGGAAGCUUGUGCUUAGGCUACUGGCCUUUGCCUGCAGUAUUAGCUUCUAAGUAGGGGCAGUGGAAAACCUUUUUCUACAAGCCUUUCAACCUUCUUGUCCUUCAAUGACAAAACUUUGAGAAAUCCACAGAACUUAUGCAACACGUGGAUAAAACUACCAGACACUUCUCAGCUUCCCGGCUCAAAUUCACACCUGCGUGACCAUUAACAGUACAAACCUACCUGUAUUGAUACAUUAUACAUGUGUCACAGGCAUUAUGCAAAGGCAAACAACGGGCAUUAAUUAGGUUGACGUAUUUUAAGAAGACUUGGCUGUUUGUGACCUAGUACUGUUUUGUCUUACUUCACUGCUUUGUUGCAUGAACACACUGCUAGUACUCAAAGUACAAUUGGGAACUAUAUACGCUUUGAUGAGACAGGGUCCUCUUGGCAACAUAUGAAAUGGGAUUGUGCCCUUGGGGUAAUAUUUCAUACAAAGCCAGAUACAAAUUUCUUGCAUUUAUUGGACUGCCAUGGAAGGGCAACCUUUCAAGGAUAAUUGCCUGGCACAACGGAAGACCACCCCAGAUAUACCUCUAAGAUGGAUGUUGGCCUAUCAAUAAAAUUGGAUAUAUUCA